ACCCCCUCUUCGCGUCUCGUCACCGCUUCCCUCCCCCCUCUCUCUUCUUCUCUUCUCCUCCUCUCUUCUCUCAUUAGAAACAUGAGUGUUUUGAGCAUGAUGGAGGCAAGGCUUCCUCCAGGCUUUCGGUUUCAUCCACGAGAUGACGAGCUAGUGUGUGACUACCUUGAAAAGAAGCUUUCUGGCGGAGCCGACAAUGGAAGUUCUUAUCAGAGCCGUCUGAUGAUGAUCGACGUCGAUCUCAACAAGUGUGAGCCGUGGGAUCUUCCAGAGAUGGCAUGUGUGGGUGGAAAGGAGUGGUACUUCUUCACCCUUCGUGAUCGAAAGUAUGCCACAGGACAACGUACCAAUCGAGCAACUGAAUCUGGCUAUUGGAAGGCAACUGGAAAAGAUCGGCCUGUGAUAAGGAAGGAAGUUCUUGUUGGAAUGAGGAAAACCUUAGUGUUCUACGAAGGAAGAGCUCCUAAAGGGAAGAAAACUGAUUGGGUCAUGCAUGAGUUCAGAACUGAGACAACUACAACAGAUUCAACAAAAAUAUCUAUCAGAGAGGACUGGGCCUUAUGUAGAGUGUUCUUCAAGAGCAGAAGCACAGUUCCAAAUCUGACAGCCACGACUUCCAUGAAUCCCUUCCAUGGCUAUGACCACAAUGCCUCUUCUUCCCUCCCUCCUCUAAUGGAUACAUACUUCACAUUUGAUCAUCCUGUUGGCAAUCACAGUCAGACCCAUAUGAGUAAUUUGCAGGUGCUUCAUCCUGAGCUGCAGGUGCCCUGCUUCUCCAACUCUCUUCCCGGCCCCACCGCCGCCGCCAUUUCCCAUCAACCGGCCCCGUACCGCUCCACCUCGCAGCCGACAUGGCCCCCUGCGAUGAACCCUAAUUGUGACAGAAAGAUGAUAAAGGCCGUGCUCAGCCAGCUCACCAUGUUGGAGGGAGGACAGAAGAGAGAGGCUUCUAUGAGUUCAGGAGAUGGGGCAGUGGAGAGCUACUUGAGCACAGAAGCUGGCUUACACUCACAGAAUAUAUGGUAGGCUUUGUUUGAUUUUAUAUGAGAGAUUAUAUAUGUUGAUGUGUUUUAAUUAAAUACCUAAAUUUAAUUUUUUUAGGAUCCUAGCUAUUGAGCAAUCAAGCCUGUACAAAUUAUAGCAUAAACAUGGAUGAAUAUGUAAAUAGAAUUAAUACACACCAGGAUAUAUUUGCAAUUCUGAGAUUGAUAUAUUAUGUUUAAAAGAAGUAAUGUUUGCCUUUAUUUCUUC